UCCAGUUCUAGGGAGGAGCCAUGAAGACCUUCAUCUUCCUUGCCCUGCUGGGAGCCGCUGUUGCUUUCCCCAUUGAUGAUGAUGACAAGAUCGUUGGGGGCUACACCUGUCAGAAGAAUUCUGUUCCCUACCAGGUGUUCCUGAACUUGGGCUACCUCUUUUGUGGUGGCUCCCUUAUCAAUUCCCAGUGGGUGGUGUCUGCAGCUCACUGCUACAAGCCCCAAAUCCAGGUGCGUCUGGGAGAACACAACAUCGCAGUUGUUGAGGGUGGUGAGCAAUUCAUCAAUUCAGCCAAGGUCAUCCCCCACCCCAGAUACAAUGAACAAAACUUUGAUAAUGACAUCAUGCUGAUUAAACUGAGCUCUCCCGCCACCCUCAACUCUCGUGUGUCUACUGUCUCUCUGCCAAAAUCCUGUGCGGAUGCUGACACCCAGUGCCUCAUCUCUGGCUGGGGGAACACCUGGAGUGUUGGGGAAAAUUUUCCUGAUGACCUGCAGUGUCUUCAAGCUCCCAUCCUCUCUGACAGCACUUGCCACGAUGCCUACCCUGGCAGGAUCAGCAGCAACAUGAUCUGUCUGGGCUACAUGCAGGGUAGAAAGGACGCUUGCCAGGGUGACUCUGGUGGCCCUGUGGUCUGCAACAGAGAGCUCCAGGGCAUUGUCUCCUGGGGUAUUGGCUGUGCUCAAAAAGGCAAACCUGGUGUCUACACCAAGGUCUGCAACUAUGUAAGCUGGAUUCAGGAGACCAUUGAUGCCAACUAAGCAUGUAAGCAUAUGUACUGCUCUAUGCACCAUUCUCUUGGACAAUUUCACUUCCAGCGAUGCCUGAAACAGUAUCUAAAAUAAAAAUGUA